UCUGCGAUUCUGUUUCGAUUUAUUUAUUCGCUAUCACAUCUCAAAGGAGCUCGAUAUGGAGAAUGCAGAGGGGAAGAUAGUUUCAGGUGGAAACUCACAUGACAAGGACUCGUCGCAGUGUAUUAGAGUUGCUGUUCAUAUCAGGCCUCUUAUUACAACUGAACUUAUGGUUGGAUGUACGGACUGCAUUUCGGUUGUAUCUGAAGAACCGCAGGUGCAAAUUGGAUCUCAUACAUUCACAUUUGAUCAUGUGUAUGGGAGUACUGCCUCUCCUUCCUCUGCAAUUUUCGGUGAAUGUGUUACUCCACUGGUUGAUGCAUUCUUCCAUGGCUAUAAUGCCACCGUUCUUGCAUAUGGCCAGACUGGUUCGGGGAAGACUUACACAAUGGGCACCAAUUACUCGGGGGAAGCAAGUAGUGGUGGAAUUAUACCAAGAGUCAUGGAAACUAUAUUCUUAAGGGUAGAGGAAAGGAAAGAAACCGCGGAGUUUUUAAUUAGGGUGUCAUUUAUUGAGAUUUUCAAAGAAGAAGUUUUUGAUUUGCUCGAUCCAAGUUUGCUGUCUUAUUCAAAAGGUGAAGGGGCUGCUGUAAAGCCUGCUGUCCCUGCAAGACUCCCCAUUCAAAUUAGAGAGACAGCAAAUGGAGGGAUUACACUUUCUGGUGUUAUUGAAGCAGAAGUGAGAACAAAGGAAGAGAUGGCAUCAUAUCUUUCCCGAGGUUCUUUGUCUCGUGCUACUGGAAGUACAAAUAUGAACAGCCAGUCCAGUCGUUCACAUGCAAUAUUUACAAUAUGCAUGGAACAAAAGAAAAGCACUCGAUGCACUAGUACGUUGGUAGGUGAUGAUGAUGAUAGUGAUGAUAUCUUAUGUGCAAAGCUUCAUUUAGUGGACCUUGCUGGUUCUGAACGUGCGAAACGAACAGGAGCAGAUGGGUUGCGUCUGAAAGAAGGAAUUCAUAUUAACAAAGGUUUAUUAGCUCUUGGCAAUGUAAUAAGUGCCCUGGGAGAUGACAAGAAGAGAAAGGAGGGAGGACAUGUUCCGUACCGUGAUAGCAAGUUAACACGCUUGUUGCAGGAUUCUCUUGGUGGAAACAGCAAAACAGUCAUGAUUGCUUGUGUGAGUCCUGCUGACACCAACGCUGAAGAAACAUUAAACACUUUGAAAUAUGCCAAUCGGGCUCGCAAUAUUCAGAACAAGGCCAUUAUAAACCGUGAUCCAUUGGCAGCUCAGAUGCAAAGAAUGCGGAGCCAAAUUGAACAGUUGCAAGCCGAGCUUCUUUAUUUCCGCGGUGAAGGUGGCACACCUUUUGAGGAACUUCAGAUUCUUAGGCACAAAAUCUCACUACUUGAAGCAAGCAAUGCAGAGUUACACCGACAGCUUCAAGAACGCCAAGUCACUUGUGACCAUCUGGCACAACGUGCUAUUGAUGCUCAGGUUGAAAAAGAUAAACUGAUUCUUAAAAUUGAAUCAACUCGCGACGGAAAACCCUGGGACAAUAUUGACUCUGUUGCUGUAAAUCAGGAGUUUGAUUUAGUAAAGACAUAUGUGUCAAAAAUUCAAGAGUUGGAAGGAGAACUUAUGCGGUUGCAGAGCUUGAAUAAUUCUAAUCGUAAUAGAUUUAUUGAUUCCCUUGAUCUGGAGGAUGAUGGGCUACGUUCAAAAAGCCCCUAUCUUGAUGAUUUACCAUCUGUUUGUGAUGGCAAAGCCACCAACGUUUCUGGUGAGAUGGAGGAGGUUGAAAAGGAGCUGGAACAUUCUUCUCUUCAAGAUAAAUUGGAUAAGGAACUGAAGGAACUUGACAGACGGCUUGAACAGAAGGAGGCUGAAAUGAAGCAGUUUGCGACGGAUGAUACAUCAGUGCUCAAGCAACGUUAUGAGAAGAAAGUUCAGGAGUUGGAGCAAGAAAAGAGAGCCUUGAUGAAAGAGAUUGAGGACCUACGGUCUAACCUUGCGAAUAUUUCUUCUGCUUCUGAUGAUGGUGCUCAAAAGUUAAAGGAAGAAUAUCUUCAAAAAUUAAAUGUCCUUGAAGUACAGGUGUCAGAGUUGAAGAAAAAACAAGAUGCACAAUCUCAAGUUUUGAGACAAAAACAGAAAAGUGAUGAAGCAGCAAAACGGUUACAGGAGGAAAUUCAGAGAAUAAAGUCUCAAAAGGUUCAAUUGCAGCAUAAGAUCAAGCAGGAGUCUGAGCAGUUUAGGUCAUGGAAAGCAGCACGGGAAAAGGAAGUUCUUCAGCUCAAGAAGGAGGGGAGAAGAAAUGAGUAUGAGAUGCACAAACUAUUAUCUUUGAAUCAGAGGCAAAAGAUGGUUUUGCAAAGGAAGACCGAAGAAGCUGCUAUGGCUACAAAACGACUAAAAGAGCUACUGGAAACUCGGAAAGCUGCUUCACGUGAAACAUUUGGUGCUGGAAAUAGGAAUGGUCCAGGAAUUCAGGCAUUAAUGCAGGCAAUUGAACAUGAGGUUGAAGUAACAGUACGUGUACAUGAAGUUCGUUCAGAAUAUGAGCGUCAAAAGGAAGCGAGGGCUGCCAUGGCAAAUGAGGUGUCAAAGUUAAAGGAAGAAGUUGAAAUGGUUAAGCAGAAAAAUGCCAGUGACUGUCUCCAAACAAUGUCUCCUGGUGCAAGAAAUUCAAGGAUUUUGGCACUUGAAAAUAUGUUGGCUACUUCAUCAAGCACCCUUGUGUCUAUGGCUUCACAACUGUCAGAAGCAGAGGAGCAUGAACGUGUCUUCAGCAGUAAGGGCCGCUGGAAUCAAGUACGGUCGGUUGCCGAUGCAAAAAAUGUGAUGAAUUAUUUGUUCAACUUAGCAUCCUCCUCAAGGUGCAUAUUGCGAGACAAAGAAGUGGACUGCAAAGAGAAGGAUGCUGUAAUACGGGAGCUAAAGGAGAAGGUUGUCAGACUCACUAGUCUGGUCAAACAGAUGGAAGCACAAAAGGCAGAACUUCUUCGUCAACAGGAGUUGCAGAGAUUGACUUUGAAGAACACCAUGGAGAAUUUAUCAAAUUUUGGGGUCCAAAUCCCGAGCACUAGGGAUGGGCAUGUGUAUGACCUGCGCAAGGGGCCCCGGAACUCCAUUGUCUUUAGCAGCAGCAGAGUUAACAACGAAUUGUUGGAGGACAUGGACAUGUCUGAGUCAGAAGGCUCUGAAACUGAGGCCAUUGAUGAUGAGUGGGUGAACUCUGAAAAACGACCUGUUAAAAGGAGGGCAUCUAGAGCUCGUCUAUUAGUAGCAUCCCAUCCUGUAGAUAUCCGAAUUCCAGAAAAUUUGAGCCCAGAGUCCCUGAGUGGGGAAACAAACUGUAAAUUUGUGAACCCUUCGUCAGGCAUAUGUUGCUCCUGUUCUAAAAGCUCCUUGUGCAAAACUUCAAAAUGUGAAUGCCGGGCUGCUAGCGGCACAUGUGGGGAAUCUUGUGGGUGUAAGCCGACUAAGUGCUCAAAUAGAGAGGCUGGUGUAUUGAACAAAGAAGUGGGUGACCAAUCUCUAUCAGAAAGAGCUGAAGGUGGCAUGAACAGUGCUGACACUGGUGAAAUUGGGAGGACUAAUGUUCUUGCAUCACAUGGGGCAAUGCUUCUUCAGAGUGCAUUAUCUGAGAAGCCUGUUGAGGUAAAUGAAGAUCGUGGGGCACAGAGGAAAGCGUUGUCUGACAUUGGGAACACACUGGCCAAGCCAAAUGCACCAAAGCCAGACCGAAGAAAAAAAUGGCGAAAAUCGGUCAUUCAACUUGUUCCGGAAGCUCCACCUUCCAGCCUACUGGAGAGCACUGAACCCCCAUCAAAGCCUGAGAACAGUCUGGUGGAGCCAGAAGUUCCUCUAAAGCUACCACGUGCAAUGAGGCCACCAACGGUGAAUAAUAAUCUCUUGAGAGAGAGGAAUUCCAACCAGGCACAUGAAUCCAUUGCUAACAAGGAUGUAAUAGAAAUGGUUGCUCCAAGAAGUCCUCGACAGGCAAGGAACUCAGAAGUUAAAGAAAACCAUGGAGUCUAACUGACGUUAGUCAUUUGUUAUUAAUGUUAAAAUCCAUCAUUCUAAGAUCAUUACUACUAACAGCCUGACAUGUUACCAGGAAAUUUUCUGGUGGAUCCAGGGAAGUGAUUGUGGGAUUUGAAACUUGUAUCCAUAGAGGAUUGACCAAUGUCUCUGUCAAUCCUCUUGAUCAGGUUUUUAUCUGUUUAGGAAUUGGAAGGUGGCAUUCAUUUUUUUAUUA